ACUUUACUACAUAACUUACUCUUUUCCUGUAACUCUAUUACUACCUUCUGAAUUAUGGCCUACUUGUUAUUUUGAACACACAUUUGUGGUUUGAGGUAAGAGAGGGAGGAGUUACUACUAGUGAGAGUAGAGGGUAGGUUUGAGUAUUUUGGCAGCACUUAAUGCUUAAGCACAGACUGUUGGUUGGUUGGAACCAUGGUUCAUUAUUCUUUUCUUCUCCUUGUUAUCUCUUUGGCUGAAGGGAUGGAAAGUGAUAUUAUUGGAGGAAAAGAGGCUAAACCUCAUUCCAGGCCAUACAUGGCAUCUAUUCAGAUCAACAAACAUCACACAUGUGGAGGGAUGCUGAUCAGAGAAGAUUAUGUACUGACAGCGGCCCACUGUUUGAACCGUAGUGUCUUCUCUCGUAAAGAUCACUUUGAGGUUGUUCUGGGAGCUCACAACAUCACGCAGAAGGAGAAGAGCCAGCAGAGAAUCCCAGUGAAGAAAUACAUCCGACAUCCUAUGUUUGAACAGAACAACGAAAUUAACUACAGUUAUGAUAUCAUGUUACUAAAGCUGAAGAACAAAGCCAAACUGAGCAAAUAUGUGAAAGUUCAGCCUCUUCCUAAGAAGAAUGGAAAAACACCAGCUAAUGUUCUUUGCUCCAUUGCUGGUUGGGGGUUGAAAAGCCCAAAUGGAAACCAGGCAUCAGAUGUGAUGCGGGAAGUCAGUCUCAAACUGCAGUUCAGCACUGAAUGUAAAUACAAGUGGAUGCAUUACUUCAGCUCUGAGAGAAUGAUCUGCAGUGUUUCAGAUGGGAAACAUGGUUUUUGUUUGGGGGAUUCAGGGAGCCCUCUUAUCUGCAAUACCAAACCACAAGGAAUUGCUUCAUAUACCAUUAAUGGCGACUGUACAAGUGGGUAUAGAAAAGAAUCACCCCCUCACCCCUCUUUAAAAUUAAAUUAAAAAAGUGAUUUGCUU